GAUACAAUAACUCGGAAGCAGGUCGGUGAUCCUUGGAUGGGACACAAAUCAGGCAUUUCCUCCAUUGCCAUCCAUCCCUCGGGCACACUCGUCGCUUCUGCAUCAUAUGCACUCAAGCUGGGUAGGAUGCAUCACUUUCUCCGUGGAUGGCAAGCACGUCCUCAGUGGAGCUUCUGACAAGAUGAUCUCAGCGUGGGCAGUACCAAAGGAUGCUUGGCCUGAAUCAAAGGCUCAAGUCUCUGCAAACCGUAAUAUGGCAAACUUGGAAAAAUCGCUGUGGGAGGAAGUGCUUCUUGACGCACAAAAGGUAAUUGAUUUGAACCCUUUGUCACACGUUGGAUACCGGUUGAAACAUACUGCGCUUCAUGGCGCACAACGCUAUGAUGAAGCUAUCGAGGUCCUCACGGUGAUGCUUGCCAAAUUAGACAAUGCUCACGAUAUGCAAACACGAAAGCUGCGCGAGCAGUAUGUCAGUCCCUCUAAAGCAGAUGGUAUGAUUCAAAAGGUCAUAAAUGAUCAGCUUGACACUGCUCCGCUUCGUCUACUUGACACCACUACCGGGCUUCUAUGUGAUCGAGAAACGCAGAUAAACGCUUUCAAAACGACCGCAGAGUACAAGCAACUUUUCUUGUCGAUUAUGAAGCAUGCGGACCUCUCAAGGGAGAUCAUCGCAGAUGCAGUGGCCAAAUACUUUGGUUGCGUCAUGUUAUCGCAUAGAUGGGAAGGAAAGGAACCGCUACUGCAAGACAUCAAGGACAAGGUCGUGUACCAGUUGGAGGCGACCGGUGGUCUCAGGAAGUUACAGUUGUUCUGCAAGAAAGCUCGUGAGGCAGGGUUUCACUGGGCGUGGGUUGAUUCGUGUUGUAUCGACCAGAACAACAAUGUCGAGCUCCAAAAAUCGCUCAACUCCAUGUUCGCCUGGUAUUAUCAUGCAGCGCUCACGAUCGUCUACCUCUCUGAUGUUCCGCCUUCGUCCAAGUCUGGCGCACUGGCAAAGAGUGCUUGGAACACUCGAGGAUGGACUGUCCCGGAAUUCCUGGCUCCCAGAGUCAUUCUCUUCUACCGACAGGAUUGGACUUUAUAUCUCGACAACGACUCCCACAACCACAAGGAGUCUGUCGAGAUCAUGCAUGAGUUGGAGGAUGCGACGGGCGUAGAUGCACGUGCCCUCGUUGCCUUCCAACCGGGGAUGAGAGAUGCCCGAGAGAAACUCAAAUGGGCAUCUACGCGUAUCACCACUGUGGCAGAAGACAUUGCAUACUCACUGUUUGGUAUCUUCGGCAUCCAGCUGCCUAUCCUUUAUGGGGAGAAUAAGGAAAAUGCGCUCGGGCGGCUCCUGCAGGAGAUCGUGGCUCGAUCGGGCGACAUUACAGCCCUCGACUGGGUCGGACAACCAUCCACGUUUAACAGUUGUCUUCCAGCCAACAUUUCAUCAUACGCAGCCCCUCCAUGUGCUCUCCCGUCUUUAUCUGAAGACCAGAUUCAGAUGGCCAUCUCCUCCCUGCGUCAUCCUGUGGCUGUGGAAUUGGCUUUAAGCUUUUAUGACCGGCUUGACAAUAUGAGCGCUGCUCGCUUCGCGAACUGCAGACUGCACCUGCCUUGCAUAGUGCACCGUGUCAUAGAAGUCAGACGGAGGCAGGAUCUAGCCCAGGAAACUCCUUUUACGUACGGAGUAAAGGCGGAUGGGCUUUGUGACCUGUUGAUCACCACCCAAGAGGCGCUGGUCCAAUUCUCUUGGACAAGGCCCACUCGACAGACAUUCUUGCUUGUCCGUCCAUGGGAUCGUCGUCUUCUCGAGCUGCCAGACUUUGGAGAGCAGCCUGCCUUCGAUAACGACGCGGAAGAUAUGUCCGAUCCCGGGACUCCGUUAGAUCACUCGCAUCGUUCUGCUAGACAGGAGCGGAUUGAUUCGGAGCGUCACUCACGUGCAUUACGAUUGAUCGUUCGCCUUGGGCAGCCAUUCGGUGCAUUCUUGCUCGCACAGCAGCGCGGUGGAGAAUAUAAGAGGAUCGCGUCAGAUCGUGAUAUCAUUGCACAAGUCAAAGACAUUGCUUCUGUUCACAAUGUGACGGAUAUCAGAACCCUAGAAAUAUUGUAGCUAUACGUAUUUUAUUUUGAAGGAUAGAGACUCCGGAUGUAACUUCAACUCAACGAUCUAUGAUGAUCCAUCACAGAGCUACCAGCCAGUAGUCCAAUUUGCGCAAGAACUCUAAGUGAGUUUAUGGCACAGCUGCAUGGCUGCAAGCUGAAGUACGUAGUCCUUUUCCUGGCCUUCAGAUCCGACUAUGGGGCUUGGCAUGGCCAUAGGGAUAAUGAUCAUAUCAUACAAUCGUUAUUGUCUUUGAAUUUUAGACGCUUCACUGGUGAUCAAAAGAUGUGAACUGACAUUGCCAGACAAUGAAUGUCAUACAGAGGCCCCAAAUCGGCAACGGCUUCGAUAAAAAAAGUGAACAACGUUGGACAGUCAACUUAGCAUCACAAGAGGCAUCUUCGUGAUGCCAAGUCAACUAUCCAACUUGCCCUGUAAGUCGCGGUGUGAUG